CCUCCUCAGCCACCUGCGGCGUCUCCUCCACCGGUGGUGCCGCCAGUGACACCUGCGCCACCAACACCAUCUGCGUCGCCACCCGUGACACCUGUGCCACCGACGCCAUCUACGCCUUCUCCGGUUGCACCUGUACCAUCAACGCCUUCACCGUCCCCUCCGGUGACGCCAGCUCCGUCCCCACCUUCUCCCGCGAACCCAGCACCAUCCCCGCCUUCACCAGCGAUGCCAACACCUUCUCCAGUAAACCCGGCACCACCAGCGCCACCAAUGCCAUCGCCAUCUCCGGUGAACCCGGUACCGCCAACAUUACCACCACCGUCUCCAGCGGGGCCCGCACCAUCAGCGCCACCGCCGUCUUCCCCGGUGAACCCGGCACCACCAACGUUGUCUCCGCCGUCUCCAGCUCUGCCUAUUCCAGUGAACCCUGCACCACCGACGCCGUCUCCAGCGCAGCCGGCGCCACCGGCGCCACCAACAUCGCCUCCGACAUCACCAGUGAACCCAGCGCCACCAGGGUCGUCUCCUCCUGCUCCGGUGAACCCUGCACCACCAACAGUGUCACCGCCAUCUCCCGUGGCGCCGGCACCACCAAUGCCAUCGCCGUCCGGUCCAGUUAACCCGGCACCACCAACGGCUCCAACCAACCCGACACCGCCAACGCCAUCUCCGGUGAACCCGGCACCACCAACUACGCCCCCACCUUCACCUGGCACGCCAACAACACCACCAUCGCCUCUUCCGCCGCCUGCAACAACGCCGUCUCGGCCCAUGCCACCACCCGCUCCAGGUUCGAGCAAACUGCCAACCCCUUCCACGCAUGCUCCUCCUAGCGUAACACCGUCGCCCCCAAGCGGCACGCCAGGAGCACCGCCUUCGCUACCGGGUUUACCCCCAUCACCGGCGCCACUGUCUUCGCCGCCGCAUUCAUCACACGCAUCCAAAGCAGUGAUCGGCAUCUCCGUGGCUGCCUCGGCGGUGUUCGUGAUCGCCCUCGUGGCCGGGCUGUUCUACUGCUUCCGGACGCGACGCCGCCAACGCCGCGGCCGCCGUCCUCCGUCCAGCUCGUCAGGCGAUCCCUACGACAAGCGGCUGCCGGUGACGUCGUCGCAGGCAGCGCGCUCAUCCUUCUCGGCGGCGCUAUCAACCAUACCGCCAAUGUACGCGCCACCACCAGCACCACACGCGGCGGUCCACCCGUGGCAGAGCGGCGGCGGCGCCACGGCCUCCGACCAGCCUCCCCCGCACGCGGCGGUCACGGGCGGCACGGUGUCGUACGCGGACCUGGCCGCGGCGACGGACGGGUUCUCGGACGCCAAGCUGCUGGGGCAGGGCGGGUUCGGGCACGUGUACCGCGGCACGCUGGGCUCGGGCCCGGCGGCGCGGGAGGUGGCCAUCAAGCGGCUCCGGGCCGGCAGCGGGCAGGGCGAGCGCGAGUUCCGCGCCGAGGUGGAGAGCAUCGGCCGCGUGCACCACCGCAACCUCGUGUCGCUGCUGGGGUACUGCAUCCAUGGCGACCAGCGCCUCCUCGUCUACGAGCACGUCCCCAACCACACGCUCGAGUCCCACCUGCACCACGGCGGCGACGGGCCGACGCUGCUGGACUGGGAACGCAGGUGGCGGAUCGCGCUCGGGGCGGCCAAGGGCCUCGCCUACCUGCACGAGGACUGUCAUCCUAAGAUCAUCCAUCGCGACAUCAAGGCGGCAAACAUCCUUCUGGAUGACAACUUUGAGCCCAAGGUCGCCGACUUUGGGCUGGCCAAGAUCCAGCACGGAGACGACAGCCAUGUUUCUACGCGGGUGAUGGGGACCUUCGGGUACAUGGCGCCGGAGUACACCAACACGGGAAAAAUAACCGACCGGUCCGACGUCUUCUCCUUGGGCGUCGUGCUUCUGGAGAUCAUCACCGGCAAGAGACCGGUCCUGUCCGACGAGCCCGACGAGGACGACGAGACUCUGGUCUCUUGGGCACGGCCUCUGCUGACAAAAGCUCUGGAGGGGCAACUCACCAUGGAGCUCAUCGACCCAAGGCUGGAGGCCAACUACGACGCCCACGAGAUGCAGCGGCUCAUCGCCUGCGCCGCCGCCGCCGUGCGCCACACGGCCCGCUCCCGCCCCCGAGUGAGCCAGAUCGUCCGGUACCUGGAGGGCGAGCUACCGCUGGAGGCCCUCAACGGCGGCGUGGAGCCGGGGCAGAGCGAGGCGCACGACGCCACCACCACAGAGCAGCUGCGGCGGAUGAGGAGGAUGGCGUUCCUGCAGCGGGGCGCCGACAGCGGCAACACGGGCGCCACCGGCUUCGUCAGCGAGGCCACCAGCGAGUACGGGCUGUGCGCCUCCAGCUCCAGCAGCGACGGCGACGCCGCGCAGAGCACGAGCCGCGCGCCCGGCGGGCAGCACCCCGGCCAGGCGAGCUACGCCGCCGGCAACAACGUGGGCAGGGCGGGGCGGCACUCCGGCGACCUCGGGGCCAUGAGCCGGCGCACGCGCCCGGGCCGCGCCGGCCUGGAGUAACGUGACCGUCGUUUGUUGCGACCAAGUUUUUUGGAACUGAGAGUUAGAUUAGUACUACUGCUACGUAUUGCCUUUGGAUUUUAGCAUUUUUUACGAUACAUUCAUUGGAGGGGAGAGAUAUAUACUUGUAAAAUACAAAGUGAUAGAACUUCUAUAGUGUUUGCCAUUUCUUGGAAUUUUGCUCAAGUGCAAAUCUGA